CUGUCUUGGUGGGUUCACGCGUGUCGCUUUUAAAAAAGUCGCUCGGCAUCACAUGUAAGGACGAUGGAUGUUCUUCCUAGCGGUAACCUAUUCCGCGAGCUGCAGGAUGUCACCGACACCGGAUACUUCGAGUGGAAGCUGUCCCUGGAAGACAAGUGGCAGCAGACAUGUUACGAAAUGGAAAGAUACCUGCGGGAGGAGCCAAGGGGGAAACGCAAGGAGGAGGACUGGGCGCGGUCCAUGACUCCCCCCAUCACCUCACCACCAUCACCGAGACUGUUCACAAUCACCACCGUCAAAAGCGAAGUCCUCAGCGAUUGUGAUGAACCAAAAGGCUACGAGGACCGGCCAGACUCACCGGAACCCAUGGUUGACAUCGCUCUCUUAUCUUCCAGUAAACGAUCGGGAUUCGCAGAGUUGUCUCGACUUGAGGUCAUACCUGGGCUUGUCUCAACAUCCAGAAUUAAAAAGGAGGAUGGUUUUAAAGAAAAAGUUUCGUCGAGACCACCCGCCCCCUUGCUUAGCCUAGGUUUGACUCCAAUCAAGCCAACCAAAACCUCGAAACCGGUGAAACCUGUCAAAAAACCCACUGACGAGGCGCCGUGUUCCCCGCCGGUGCGUCGCCACGCGUCACGUCACCACUCGCUCAGCCACGCGACAGACUCGCGACGCAGAGUGCAUAGGUGCGAGUUCCCAGCGUGCGACAAGGUCUACACGAAAAGUUCGCACCUAAAAGCCCAUAAACGCACCCACACAGGCGAGAAGCCGUACAAGUGUUCGUGGGAAGGCUGCGAGUGGAGAUUCGCGCGAUCUGACGAGUUGACGCGGCACUACCGCAAGCACACCGGAGCCAAGCCCUUCCGCUGCCGCCACUGCGACCGCUGCUUCUCCCGCUCCGACCACCUCGCCCUCCACGCCAAGAGACACGCGUAGCAAGCCAAACCCGCUCCCAGGAGCCAAAAACUCUCGCGCAAGUGAACGUGUGACAAGCCAAAGAGUAGCCGAGUCAACACACAUCGCUUUAAUUAAUUUCGGCGUGUUCUGUUGCUUAUUAGAGAUUUAUCGGUCGCCAAGCGAUCGUGUUGUGCCAUCGCGGUAGACGCGUUUGACUUAUUUAUUGUGGUGGAUCCCACCGACGCCAGCACGACCUAGUUUUAAGGGUGUGCAUCGCGUUACCUGACUUUAUGUCGGAUCUUUAGACAAGCGCUGGUUUCAGAGACAAGCCAUAAACGAUAUAGCGUCAGCCAAAAAUCUAUUACGUAUCCAUAAUCACCACCGUGGAAUGUGGAACAGAUUUGUGGGUCUCAUUCUUUUUUCCAGUUAUUGUUUGGUAAAUUAUUAUUAUUGAGCAUCAAUAGCAAUCCGUGGAAAAAUGGAAUCCGCAAUCUGUUAUUAUGUUACGGAAUUAAUUUCUUUGACAUUUCUCUGUGCGACAGCUUUCGCAUUAAAUUACAAGUCUUUGUCUAUUGAAUUCAACGAAUGCAUAAAGAUGCCGACAUAUUUUUUAUUUGUAAGAUAUUAAUGAUUAUUUAUAUAUAAUAUUAUGCUAUUAUACACGAAAAUCUUAUACUAUCACAAUAUACUCUCUCAUUCCGUUUGGUUUAAGUUUCAGUGUGUACUAAUUAUUGGUGCAAGUUUUGUAUUUUUAUGUUCACCGUUGCACACUUUUUAUUUUUUAUUUUGAAACUUUUUAUUAGCUUAUUUUAGAGUACUUUGCAAGUUGAUUCUACACAUCAGUCGCAUUUUGUUUUAAACAAGAGCACUUAUUAUUUAUAUUUUGUUGUUGUUACACUGUUAGUAUGAUAGUAUAUGUUAUUUAAAUCUAUUUUAUGCUAUAUAGGCUGAUUAUUAUUAUAGUUAAUUUUGAGCAUUUCUUAUAUUAUCUAACUUUAAGUGUUUAUAUUUUAAGCUAGCUU